AUGGUGCUCUCUGCUAUCCCUUCCGAAGCGGAGGCCAAACAGGCUAUUGUUGAGGGAAUCGAGAAGUUGAGAUUGACCGAAGACGCGGCGACGGUGCCCGUCUACGGCUCGCAUUAUGCCAGCCAGGACCUUCCUAAAUACGAGAUUCCAGACGAGGCAAUGCCACGAGAAAUCGCGUACCGAAUGAUACGGGAUGAAUUGACUCUUGAUGGCACUCCCACGCUGAAUCUCGCAAGCUUCGUCACGACAUACAUGGAGGAUGAAGCCGAAAAGCUCAUGACCAUGUGCCUGCCGAAAAACUUCAUUGAUUACGAAGAGUACCCGGUUUCGGCCGACAUUCAAAAUCGAUGUGUGUGUAUGAUUGCGCGGUUGUUCAACAUCUCUUACCGCAGUGGACGCCAACCCGUAGGUACCAGCACGGUCGGAAGCUCAGAGGCCAUCAUGCUUGCUGUUCUUGCAAUGAAGAAGCGUUGGCAGAUCAAGAUGAGGGAGGCUGGGAAAGACGCCAGCACCCCGAAUAUGAUCAUGAGCGCGUCAGUGCAGGUCUGCUGGGAGAAGGCAGCUCGAUAUUUCGAUGUUGAGGAGCGCUUCGUGAACUGCACCGCGGAACGCUACGUGAUAGACCCGGAGCAAGCCGUGGAUCUGGUGGACGAGAACACCAUCGGAAUUUGCACGAUCCUUGGCUCUACGUACACCGGCGAGUACGAGGAUAUCAAGGGAAUCAAUGACAUCCUGGAGGAGAAGAACUUGGAUGUGCCGAUUCACGUCGAUGCAGCUUCAGGUGGCUUCGUCACCCCUUUUGUGAACCCGGACUUGGUGUGGGAUUUUCGACUAUCAAAGGUUGUCUCCAUCAACGUUUCUGGUCACAAGUAUGGCCUAGUGUACCCUGGUGUCGGUUGGUGCGUGUGGAAGGACCCUGAGUAUCUGCCAAAGGAUCUCAUCUUCAACAUCAAUUAUCUCGGCGCCGACCAAGCCUCCUUCACUCUGAACUUUUCUCGCGGCGCCUCACAGAUCAUCGGACAAUACUACCAGCUCAUCCGACUAGGCAAGGUCGGCUACCGCAGCAUCAUGCUGAACAUCACUCGGAUCGCCGACUACCUGAGCGCUGCUCUUCAAGCUCUCGGGUUCCUCAUCAUGUCCAAAGGCGGAGGUCAAGGUCUCCCCUUGGUUGCCUUCCGUCUCGACAUGGAUCAAGAGUAUGAGUUCGACGAAUACGCCGUGGCCCAUCAGCUUCGAGAACGUGGCUGGAUCGUUCCAGCAUACACGUCGCCCCCUACCGCCAGCAUCAAAAUGAUGCGGAUCGUGGUUCGCGAAGAUUUCUCCAGGAGCCGAUGCGAUGCGUUGAUCGCCGACAUGAAGUUCACCCUGGAAACAUUGAAGACGAUGGAUGCCAAGAGGAUUCGCAUGCACAAAGAGCAUAUCAAGCAUUUGAAUAAUACCAAUAAGCAGUCGCGUCGUAGCUCCACUUGGUCUAUUACGGAGAAUCAUAGUCUGCAAGGAAAGCAUGGAAAGACGCACGGAGUGUGCUAA